AUGUCGCGCUUGUCCAGCACCGUCCUACGGCUCCCAGCGCUCACUACUAAUGGCCUAGUAUCGCUAUCCCCUCCGGCUUUUCCUUUCCCUCUAGCCACUUCACUUGCAUCUGCCCCUCCAUCUCCAUCUCCAUCGUCACAAGCGCCUCCGCAAUCUGCCAAUCACAACGACACUUCUUCGUUGCUCUUCGGAUUCCUCAUUUCAAUUCUCUCUGUGUUUGGGGUCUUCAUGGUGGGCGGCAUGGUUUGGCAUCGCUUGGUCGUCCGCCGUCGUAUCCUCCGAAGGGUAGGCCGUGAAGGCGUACCUCAGCGUUAUUGGGAGAUGACUAGACCGCAUCUAUGGGAAAUACGGACUGUCUCAGGUGAACAGCAUAUAAGGUGGAAACAUAUGAAGCCAUUGAUGGUUCAAUCCAGGCGUGAAAGUGAUCCCCUACUCGUCUCAGACGAUGAUACUUCCUUACCAUCCUGGAAGCAGUGGUUUCUCGCACGACUUCCACGCGAUCUUCGCAUGCUGUUCUCGCGUCCUCGUCACCUAUCCCAAUCGCAGGCGAAUAGUCACGAAAAUACCCAGCUCGAGCCCCGUCUUCCUUUGCCCGGAUCUGAUGUUCAAGUGGCGGUGAUCGUGGCGAUGCCUCGACCAUCCAAAGCGACCUCCGCCCUCAAUGCGGCAACUGCUGGCAAAAACAAGGAGGUGCAGGGAACGGACGAUAGACAAGAGGUACUGCACGAAAUCGUAAUUGGAACCACAAAUUUACUCUACAAAGAUGAUGAUUCGUGUCUGGAGGAUGUGCAUUAA